AUGCACCACCACGUUUCUACUUUCUUGUACAAUGCUUGUCUAAUACUUCUCGUUUGUUUUUCGUAAACCAAUCAUGGACGGCGCGAAAGCCAAGGCGUCCAAAGAGGCGGCGACGCAGGACAUCAAGGCGCAGAACAAAAAGCGCCAGCUCGAAUUCCGAGCACAACAUGGCCUGGUCGUCGCCUUUUUUCUGCUUAUACUAAUCUUCCACGCUCUGGGUAUCUACCUCUUUCUCAAUGGCUUCCUCCUUUCGCGACUCGUCUUGCAACACAGAUCCGAAUGCGCCCACCCCCCGAUCAACCUGACCGGACACUCCAAAGACUUCACACCCGGGUCGCAAGAGCAAGGUUGUUGGCAUCCCAAGUCGUUCGACAAGGCGGUGGUCAUCAUCGUGGACGCUCUGCGCUACGACUUCACAACGCCCUUCCAGCCCAAAGCGGGCGCUGAAACACCACAACACUUCCACGAUGCGCUGCCCGUUCUGUACGAGACCUCGGUCAACGAGCCGCAAAAUGCUUUUCUUAGACCCUUCAUUGCAGAUCCGCCCACGACAACCUUACAACGACUGAAGGGACUGACGACUGGUACGCUUCCAGUGCUGAUUGAUGCGGGAUCGAACUUUGCAGGGACAGCCAUUGAUGAGGACAAUAUUGUGGAAAUGCUGUACAAGGCGGGCAAGAAGGUGGUGCAUCUCGGAGACGAUACAUGGCAUUCGCUGUUUCCUGGCUACUUCGAGCCAAACUUGACGAAAGCCUACGAUUCUUUUAAUGUGUGGGAUUUGCAUACAGUGGACAACGGCGUCAAUGAGCAUAUAUUUCCUCUUUUGGACCCAUCGAUGUCUGGACGAUGGGAUGUCAUUUUCGGGCAUUAUUUGGGCGUGGACCACGCUGGGCAUCGAUAUGGACCGGAUCAUCCUGCUAUGAACGAUAAAUUGAAGCAAAUGGACGAUGUCAUUCGGCGUAUUGUGGCAGCUCUCGACGAUCAGACACUACUCGUAGUCAUGGGAGACCAUGGCAUGGACGUCAAAGGCGAUCAUGGAGGAGAGUCUGAUGACGAGGUUCAGGCUGCGCUCUGGAUGUACUCAAAACGCGGUAUCUUUGGCCGAAAGGAUAAAGACUCGCUACUUCCGCCUCCGACCGCGAAGGAGAGGCCCGUGGCGCAGAUUGAUCUCGUGCCUACAUUGUCCUUACUCCUGGGUCUACCAGUGCCAUUCAAUAACCUGGGACACCCCAUCGAGGAGGCUUUUCACGGAUCAUCCACUCUACUGAAGCCCAACUACGACAAUCUUGCGCAAGUAAGUCGUUUGACCGCAGCUCAAAUUCACAAAUAUCAGGCCGAGUACGCGAAAGCUCGUGGUCUGGGAAACUCCACUUCGUCUACCACCGAUCAAUUCUGGAAGCUUGCGAAUCAGUCAUGGGGGUCUAAAGAGCGCACAGAAGCAUGGGAUGCGUUUCUUGCUUACCAGACCGAGAACUUGCGCAUCUGUAAAUCGCUAUGGGCCAGAUUCGACCUCACCAGCAUGACCAUGGGCAUCAUCGCCUUGAUCGGCACCUUUCUGGUAGUUGUAAUCUAUGCGCAAGGCAUCGUUCGCGGAGAUCGAGCUGCCAUGACUCCUCCUCUGUUUACUUGGGGAACUAUAGGUGCUGUUGUUGGUGCGGCAGCUGGUGCAGCUGUGGGCUCUCUGACAACAGAGCACGGGGUCCAGUCGAUUGCAUUUGGAGCAGUGUUCGGAGGUGUUACGGCGACUCUGGCUAUGUUCCGGCCAGCCCUGGAGCUGCUCCGGAUCCCUAGGCCUACGACUUUCUGGGGUUGGCUCUGUACAUUGUCGACUUUGAUGCUGUGUGGUGGGUUCGCUGCUAAUUCAUUCAUCAUCUGGGAGGAUGAACAGUUGCUCUUUCUCUUGACUACUUUCGCGGUCGCCAUGCUCGGAAGCUCACUUGGUCAAGGCGAUCCUGACGAUAGGUGGCUGGGUGCCACUAACGCAGUAUCUUUCUUGGUUGCAACACGUCUCAGCUCGUUUUCAAGAUUGUGCCGCGAAGAACAGAUGCCGUUCUGCCGAUCGACAUACUAUGCUUCGGCCACCUCUUCCACGUCUUCAAAGUGGCAACUCGCAAUACCUCUUUCCGUUGCGCUGAUCCUGCCAAGUGCAAUCACGCACUUUUACAAGCGCAGCGCCAACUAUCAUGGUUCAGCUGUGAUUUGGAUUGGAAUCGCGUUGCGCCUGGGCCUGGUCAUGGUGGCGGGUUUCUGGACGAUUGAUGCCGCGGACGAUGGAGAAUGGUUCCCGCAGUACUCCAGCAACUUCUUGAAGACAGUGCGUACAUACAUGGCGCAAAGUAUUCUUGCGCUGACCUUCGCGGCCGGCUACGCGACCUACAUAUUCGCAUCUCCGAUGCUCAUGGUCAAGCAAGAAGAACCGGAUCGUGUCGUGGCUAAAUCAGAAUCUCUCAGCGAGUCGGAUCCCACCAGCCCAGUCCUUACCACAGUUGGUACGAACGGUCCGGCUAAGAGGCCUAAGUUGAUGAUCUAUGGCUACUCGAACACACACGGAACGCGAUACUUUCUGCUACCAAGUGCGUGGAUACUCACGCUGCUGCUCUUUCAAAAGCCGAUGGGACAAGGUGCCCUGGCACUCUGCAUGGUCCAGAUUCUGAACGUGCUCGAGAUCGUUGACGCCAAUAAUUUACGUCGCUCACCACUUGGACCGAUCAUAUUCGCACUGCUGGGCAGCUUCCACUUCUUCAAGACAGGACAUCAAGCGGCGCUGGUCACGAUACAAUGGGAGUCGGCUUUCAUCCCACUCAAAACGAUAGUCUACCCUUGGACUCCGCUUUUCGUCGUGCUCAACACUUUCGGGCCUCAGAUACUCUGCGCCAUUGCAGUGCCUGCGAUAAUGCUGUGGAAGGUGCCUCCUCGACACACUGGAGUUCUGGGUCGCGUUGCUGGAAGCAUGGCCACCCACAUCCUAUUCUAUGCAGCAAUUGCAGUCGCGACAGUCAUCGAGGCAGCUUGGCUCAGGCGGCAUCUGAUGUUGUACCGGGUCUUCAUGCCGAGGAUGCUGCUGUCCGUGAUAUCGCUGCUGCUCAUUGAGACUGUAGCAGCACUCAUUGCUCUCGUGGGCGUGAGGUGGAGUAUAACUAGCGUAGGAGAUGUAUUUGGUUGGCCUGAGUAGGCAGCCAACAAUGUAUAUAAACAAAUAAUCACAUCAAUGAAGACACCC